AUGGCAUGUCCCUUCGCAAGGCCCGACCGGGCGGAGGCAUUCCAGCGACAGCCUUCCAUCGCCGAGGGCCACGGUUGGAAUCUGGACGAGGAUUUGAGUGAAAUUCCGGACGACGCCCUAACGCUGACGCAUCUGAAUGCGGCCAUCCAGCUGCUGACGGCACCGUCGAAUGAGGAUGUUUACGAAGCGCUGAUGUCGUUGAUAGAGAAGUACAGCAACAGGUGGCCUGGCCUUGCGAAGCUGAAAACAGACCGAAACUCACUUUCUAUCUAUCCCCAUUAUGAUUAUUUGGCGGAUGUUCAGGAUAAUUUGAAUCAAAUUGAUGAAGCUUCUGCAUGUCGCAUUCUUGUCCUACUUGGAGAGGAGCUAAUCCACACCUCCUGUGUCGGAUUGAUUGAGCGUGCCUACAAAUGUCUGGGCUCUAAUCUGCAGGAAUUUCUAGGCUCGCUGGACGGCGUGUACGAUGUGCUGAAGCUACAGGAGGAGGAUAUAUCCGACACCGGGUUUGUGUGCGCCGGCGAGGGUGAACUGAUCUUCACGUCGGAACGACCGGUGCUGGCUUGGUUGCUGCUGGGUUGCCUGCAGGCGUUAAGCCGUAUGCUGUUCGAUCACGAUCCGCAAAUCGAGAUGGAACCGCUGGAAGGUGAUGUCCCGCGGUAUCGCUAUCUGUUCAAGCUGGAUGAUUUGGAGGAACAGAUUGCGUCGCCGAUCGCCGAGAGCAGGGCGACGGGAAUGCUGCGAGAAAGUGUUUCUUCCGAUGCGCGUGAUUUGAAGAUGGAUAAUGAUUUCUUCUGCAAGGCAUUUCCUUGGCACUUCAUAAUGGAUGAGAAUUUGGAUCUGGUCCAGGUUGGGCAAGGCUUCAGUCGAUUGUUUAAGAAUUAUAUGGCAACUUCUGGGUUGUUUGCUGGAACCUAUUUUCGAUUUAAGCGCCCCCGUGGGUUGUCGUUGAAAUUUAGGGAAAUUGUUCGUCGGACGAAUACUCCCUUUAUGAUUUCGCUACGUGCGCCUCCAGGUCGCCCGGAUUUCUUUGCCAAAGGGUUGGAAAUCAAGGGACAGAUGGUUUUCUGUCCGGAAUCCAAUUCGUUACUAUUCAUGGGGUCGCCAUUUCUGGACGGAUUGGAAGGUUUAACUUGCAAUGGCUUGUUUAUUUCGGAUAUUCCUCUGCACGAUGCAACUCGAGAAGUUAUUUUGGUGGGUGAGCAAGCAAGAGCUCAAGACGGACUUCGUCGGCGAAUGGAUAAAUUGAAAAGUUCCAUCGAAGAAGCAAACGCAGCCGUUACCAAGGAACGUAAGAAGAAUGUUAACCUGUUGCAGUUGAUGUUCCCGGCGGAAAUUGCGGAACGGCUUUGGUUGGGAGCACAGAUAGACGCUAAAACCUAUCCAGAUGUUACGAUGUUGUUCAGUGAUAUUGUAGGUUUCACUAGCAUUUGCUCAACGGCCACUCCGUUCAUGGUGAUCAGCAUGCUGGAGAGUUUGUACAAGCAUUUCGAUGAACAGUGUGGCUUCUUCGAUGUGUACAAGGUGGAAACCAUUGGAGACGCCUACUGCGUCGCUAGCGGUCUACAUCGUGCGAGCAUCUACGAUGCGCAUAAGGUUGCUUGGAUGGCGUUGCGGAUGAUCGAGACAUGUUCACAAUUUAAGGCCCACGAUGGUCAACAUAUUAGGAUGCGAAUCGGACUUCACACGGGCACAGUUUUGGCAGGAGUGGUUGGACGUAAGAUGCCCCGCUACUGUUUGUUCGGCCACAACGUUACGAUUGCCAACAAGUUCGAGUCCGGCAGCGAAGCCUGCAAGAUCAACAUAAGCCCAACCACGAAGGACUGGCUUAUCAAGCAUCCGGGGUACGGAUUUCAGCUUAACCCCAGGGAUCCGUCUUGCAUGCCGAAGGAAUUUACCGACUCCAAGGGGUUGACGUGCUAUUUCCUCGAAGGUUAUCAACAUCCUACGGUGAGCAAUGGCGAUGCCACCCUUCAGGAACACAUUGAAGCGGCCAUGAAGCAAACGCUUGCGGAUUCCAGUGAAGUGGUUGUAGUUGAAGAAAAGUCGGAAAACUAA